GUAUUUGGGCAUUGUUAUUUGCUGAAUACAAUGCGACCUCUUCUUCAGUUGAUGCAUCUGACUCCUGAAAAAUCUUACGAAAUCGAACGUGACAGGCUAAGUGGUGACGCAACAGUGGAAUCUGGAGUUGAAGCAACGAUGCAUGCAGCCGAGCUGGCGUUCUCAUUGAUUCUCAGCUCAGAAUCACGCUUCCCAGGACCCUUACGAACUCUAUGCCACACGCUCUAUCAUGUGAUCAAUUCUCGCUUCCCAAACAGUGGUCUAUCAGCACUCGGAAAGAUACUUUUCCUUCGCUUCUUCAAUCCUGCAAUUUGUAUGUUUCACUCAUCUGCUUCUUCAUGCUAA